UUAGUCUUCCCAUUCUCCUCCUCUUCUUCCCCCCUUCACCUCUCGCGGGUGACUCAGUUAACUGCCCUCGCGGCUUCACGCAAAACCGCGACUGCAAUCAUACAUUCACACCACAUUCGUUGCCCAUCAUGGCCAAAACACUUACACUAAACACUGCUGACCUGAUGGGCUCACCAGUCGCCUUCCCUGAAUACCACGAACCAAUUGACUAUUUCUGUCCACCAAACGACCUUUGCGAAUCUUACGAACCCAUCGACAACAUGUCAGAUUCCGAUAGUACUCUUCCCAUACUGGGAGUCCAGGUCUCCAGAAAACCAUCUCCUCAACCUGCACACUUCGGCAUACCAUAUAAAAACCUUAGUGGCAAUGGUAAUGGACAUCGUACUUUGCGUUCCGCCACCGUUGGUUAUAUUGCACCCGAGUUCGCGGGCAAGCAGGCACAGAUGGUCGAAGGUGAGAAGUGCAGCGAGUUGCAUGUCAAAUAAUGACUAACACUUCAUAGUUAAGGAUCUGAUCCUAGCAGGUCAUUGGAUUCCAGCAGACCUCAUCGACUCCCAAAUCGACUGGUUCUACAAUGAUCUCGGUAUUGAUGAUGUAUACUUCCAGACCGAAAAUGUCAAGGCCAUCGUCUCCAACAUUACUUCCCUCUACGCUGCCAAAAUCUCGGCUUAUGCUAGAGAAGACAAGGUUCAGGAAAUCAGAUUGGACAUGGAGGCAGUAGACCAUGCAAUCUAUAUUGAUACAAGUGAGCCUGGUGUUAGCAGAAUCGACGGCCCACGUUACGAACACAGAAUCGAAAGCAAGUAUCUCGAUGCAUCGGCUUCGGGCAACAAUGUCUAUCGUGUUGAGACAUUCAGAUCUCCAUCCAACCUCAAAGGCACUGAGAAAUCAAAGACCACGAUGCGAUGUUAUUUCGUAUAUCAAUGUCUCUUUGUUGAUUCAAGCCCCUCAGAUACAGAGACGCGCUUAGAGUUCAUCUCAGACAGAACGUUCCUCGCUAAAGCCACAAGCAACACCAAACAGAUCUACCAGGAGAUUGUUGAACUUGCAGUUGCCAGAACUGGUCCUGUGAUUGAGUAUUUUGAUAUUGAAGAUUCUAAAGAGGUCCGUCUGGUGGUUGCAUUCCGCCGAAGAACUGCGGUUGGAUUGUUUAGUGCCCUUUCCGAUCUUUAUCAUUCUUAUGGUUGGUUACCCCGCUUACCCCGCUAUUUUUUUUGUUUUUCCUAAUCACAAGUUACAGGGGUCACAAGCUCAAGAAAAUAUGUGGAACAAUUCUCCAAUGGCAUUACGGUCAUCUGUCUCUACUUGAAGCCUGCGCCAGUUGCAGAGAACUCCAACAGAUUCCCUCCUCUCCGCCAAUCCAUCCACCAAAUUACAAAGGAAAUAUCUUUACUCUACUGCAUUCCCCAAAACAAAUUCCAGUCGCUUUUUGCUAGUGGUAGACUGAGUUUGCAGGAAACGGUCUAUGCACAUUGUCUUUGGGUUUUUGUUCAACAUUUCUUGAAUCGUCUUGGUAUGUCUACCCAUUAAGUGAACACAAAUCGGUUUACGCCUGAUUUGGGAACUCUUAACCACACUUCACCUAGAUCUUCAAGCUAAUACCAAUUAGGUUCUGAAUACUCUUCCCUUGUCUCUGCGUUGGAUGCCUCAAACAGUCUUCACAUUGAGAUUCUAUCAAAAAUCAAGCGCCGAUUGAGAACUGAAACCUUCACAGCCGCCUACAUUGCUGAGAUUAUCCACUCACAACCAGGCCUUGUUAAAUCGUUAUAUGCAUCCUUCGCUAAUGCUCAUCUUGCAUAUUCCCCAGGCCAUGAAGAUGAUUUCAUCCCUCCGACACCAUCUGCUGAGGUCUUGACCGACAACCAACUCAAGGAAGCUAUCACUCGAUCAGUUGCCAACGAGCACGAGGAAAUGGUCCUGACUGCAUUCCGCAUUUUCAAUAGUCACCUUCUCAAGAGCAACUUUUAUACCCCAACAAAGGUCGCACUUAGUUUCCGUCUUAAUCCCUCGUUCCUUCCCGAACUCGAAUAUCCACAACCAUUAUAUGGCAUGUUCCUGGUCAUCAGUUCUGAAUCGCGUGGUUUCCAUCUUCGAUUCCGAGAUAUUGCCAGAGGUGGUAUCCGUAUCGUCAAGUCAAGAAACAAGGAGGCCUACUCCAUCAACGCUCGACGAAUGUUUGAUGAGAAUUAUGGUCUUGCCAACACACAACAACGUAAGAACAAGGACAUUCCUGAAGGUGGCUCGAAGGGUGUCAUUCUCCUUGAUGCUGCGCACCAAGACAAGGGUUCAGUCGCUUUUCAAAAGUACAUUGACAGUAUCAUGGAUCUUCUUCUACCAGCCACCUCUCCCGGUAUCAAGAAUCCGAUUGUUGAUUUGUACGGAAAGCAAGAAAUCCUUUUCAUGGGUCCUGAUGAGAAUACUGCGGAUCUUGUUGACUGGGCUACUGAGCAUGCACGAAAGCGUUCCGCACCAUGGUGGAAGUCAUUCUUUACUGGAAAGUCACCAAAACUCGGAGGUAUUCCUCACGACGAGUAUGGCAUGACCACUUUGUCUGUUCGCGAAUACAUUAAGGGUAUCUACCGAAAGCUAGAGUUGGAUCCUAGCAAAAUCCGAAAGAUGCAGACUGGAGGCCCAGAUGGUGAUCUUGGAAGUAACGAGAUCUUGCUCAGCAAUGAAAAGUACACUUCGAUUGUUGACGGAUCAGGUGUUCUUGUUGACCCCAAAGGAAUCGACCAUGAGGAACUCAUUCGUCUGGCCAAGAAGCGUGUCAUGAUUUCCGAUUUUGACAUCAGCAAGUUAUCAAGUGAUGGAUACCGAGUCCUUGUUGAUGAGAUGAACGUCACACUUCCUUCAGGAGAGGUUGUCACCAAUGGCACCAACUUCCGCAAUACCUUCCAUCUUCGUGAGACUGGAUUCACCGAUUCCUUUGUUCCAUGUGGUGGUCGUCCUGAAUCGAUUGACCUUGCUAGCGUUGGCAAACUCAUCAAGAACGGCAAAUCUAUCGUCCCAUACAUCGUUGAGGGAGCCAACCUCUUCAUCACACAAGAUGCGAAACUUCGUCUUGAGGCAGCAGGCUGUAUCCUCUUCAAGGAUGCCAGUGCCAACAAGGGAGGAGUUACCUCAUCAUCUCUCGAGGUCCUGGCCAGUUUGUCAUUCGACGACGCCGGCUUCGUAGAAAACAUGUGCGUCAGUUCCAGCGGCCAGAUUCCCGAAUUCUACAAAGCCUACGUCCAAGGUGUCCAAGAAAUCAUCAAGGAGAAUGCGAGACUUGAAUUCGAAGCCAUCUGGCGUGAACACAAGGCGAGCAAGAUCCCACGUUCUACACUUAGUGACACAUUGUCCAUCGCAAUCACGAAGCUCGACGAGGAAUUGCAGAAGACGGAUCUUUGGAACAACGAGCCGCUUCGCCGAUCGGUUCUUGAGGAUGCCCUACCUAAACUUCUUUUGGAGAAGAUUGGUCUGGAUUUGAUUGUUGAGCGAGUUCCCGAUAAUUAUCUGAGAGCUAUCUUUGGUAGUUACCUCGCUAGUCGGUUUGUGUAUGAGGUUGGGAGUUCGCCGAGUCAGUUUGCGUUCUUUGACUUGUAAGUUUUCCCCUCGUUCCCUCCCUUCUUAGGUGGCGUGUGUGAGUGUUUUUGGGAAUGAUAGACUGACUUGAUGAUAGCAUGUCCAAACGCAUGGCGAAACUUCAAUAAACGAAUGAUGAAUGGGACAUGACAUGACACUUUUCCCUACCUUUCUUGUCUCUUCUCUAGAACGGGUUUGGAAAACAAAAAAAAGAGUUUCUUGCUUUUUGCUGUUAGGCUAAAUUAGACUGGUUUGGUGCUUUGGGUGCGCGGGCAUAAUGUGGCUUUAGAAUUGGCUGGCGUUUACUACUUGGUUGGACCUUGAGUGGUUUGGCUAGUUUGCUGGCUGACUACUUGAUGGAUCAGAGGGUUUGGUGGAGUCGUUUCUUUUGAUCUCUUUUAAUGUAGAUUUGUUCUUUUGCAUUGGGUGGGUGAGUGAGCAUGAGUAUGAGAGACAUGAUUGAUAGAGCAAAAGUUCACUUUUUUUGAGUUGAGAGUGUGUGUGCUUGGGAUUCCUUUUGUCCUAUUGCGAUUUGCGACUUGCAACUUACAAUAGCUCAAGGGUUGACUGUUUCAUGCUGGGAUGGAUUGGUGAAGGGUGUUUUGUUGGUUUUGUAGGUGUUGGUGUUGGUAGAUAGAUACGUACAAUGCAUGGUAUAACAGAAUUCAACCAUCUCUUAAUAGAAUAAAGUAGAGCGGAGUAGAAUAUAAA